GUCCCCAGGUACCAGGGACCUGCUGUGCGCUGCUAGGGCCUGGCUCACCCCUUCCCGGGCUGCCAUGUGACAGGGCUCUCCCCCACGGUGAUAGGGCUGCAGGGCUGAGCCUGAGAGGGUGCCGAGCCAGGGGCGGCCUGGCGAGGGCUGUGUGGCACUCUGAGGGCUGGAAGUGAGCACAUCUGGUGUGAAAGUCAGGAGAGUCCUGUGACUCAGCAUAGGAAGGAUGACACCUGGUCCUUCCGGCCCAUCCUGAGUCUUGUCAGGUCUGUUGUUUGACAGUGACACCUGAGUUCGUGCUUUAUCAGCACCUGCACUCGGCUGUUCGGCCUCCGAUGUGGGUGGGGUUUUAAAGGAACAGGGUUUAGGGCAGUGGGAAGGCCGGCCGUUCGUUUGUGUUGCUCUUUGAACAGAGUGGUUAGUUGUGCUCGAGGCAGGGGAUCUGGUGGGACACAAGCCACGCGUGGAGCUCAUGGUGACCGAGUGCAGAGAGCCUGGCGAGGGCCACGUCCACCCUCCCUUCACGUUGUGGCAGACGUCCACCCCUGCCUGUGCAGACAGCAGCUCCCAGGCCCCUCGGGCCGGCCAGACCCGCGUUCUCACCUGCUUCCCGUCAGGUGGAGGUGCUGAUUGCCAUCUGCAGCCUCACGUCCCCGCUGCUGUUCACUGCCUCUGGGUACCUGUCGUUCAGCAUCAUGAGAAUCCUGGAGAUCUUCAAAGACUACCCGCCAGCCAUCAAGCAAUCCUACGACGUGCUGAGGUUGCUUCUGAUGCUGCAGCUGCUGCUGCAAGCCGGCCUCAACACUGGCACCGUCAUCCAGUGCGUGAGCUUCAAGCUGGGCGCGUCCUGGGAUGCUGCGCAGACCGGCCAGCAGGAGCGCCCAGCAGGGGAGGUGUCCAGAAGCCCCCUGAAGGAGUUCGACAAGGAGAAAGCGUGGAGGGCCGUCGUGGUGCAGAUGGCCCAGUGACCGUGGGGCGGGGAGACCGAGGCAGGAGCAGGGCCCCUGCCUGGCUAGUUGUCUUGAAGCUACCACUUUCUAAUUUGCCCUUCACCUUCGUCCAGGCCAGGCUGCAAGGGGCGCGAGCGGACGCGAGGAGGGGAGAGCUGCCGGAGACCGGAAUGGAGCCCGGCGAAACCAGGAGGCUCUCAUCCGCCUCCCUGGAAGGAGACCAGAGAGAAGAAAAUAAAUUAAAACGAGGAAUUUCCCAAGACUUGACAUCUUCCCCCAAAUCAGACAGAUACAAAAUAGCAAGACAAUUAACAGAAAAGGCCAUCAAGGAAAAGAAAAUUUUCUCCAUCUACGGGCACUACCCAGUGAUACGGGCCGCCCUCCGAAGAAAGGGCUGGGUGGAGAAGAAGUUCCACUUUCUGCCCAAGGUCCUCCUGAAUGUGGACGAUGACGGUGUGGGGGUGACAGAACAGAAACGUGCGGAAGGCAGAGAACACCAAGAAGCGGCUCCGGAGAAGACAGAUGACAUCCACGAUGUGAUGUCCAGGUUGGUCAAAAACGAAAUGCCGUACUUCCUCUGGACCAUCAAAAGGGACGUCGUUGACUAUCACAGCUUGAACUGUGACCAGAUGCUGAAUCACUAUGGGAAGACGGCUUCCUUCACCACCAAGAUCGGGCUGUGUGUGAACAUGCGGAACCUACCGUGGUACGUCCAGGCCGACCCUGACUCCUUCUUCCCACGUUGCUACGGCCUCUGCACCGAGAACGAGAAGCAAGAAUUCCUGGAUGACUUCCGGCGGACGGUGGCCUCCAGCAUCCUCAAGUGGGUGGUCAGGCACCACAAGUGCGGCAGCAGCGGGGAGGCCGGCGACCGUGGCCCCGGCAGCAAGAAAGUUCCCGAGAAUGCGGAAUCCAAGCCCAUGGGCCUCUCGGGGGAGCUCGUGGACACCGCAUGCAAGGUGUGCCAGGCCUACCUGGAUCAGCUGGAGCACGAGGACAUCGACAUCUCCAAGGACGCCGCCCAGGACCUCACGGAGGACGAGUGGAAGGACCUGACGCAGCAAUACUACUCCCUCGUUGACGGUGAUGCUUUCAUCUCCAAUUCGAGAAAUCACUUUUCGCAGUGCCAGGCCCUGCUGAACAAAAUCACGUCUGUGAACCCUCAGACGGAGAUCGACGGGCUUCGGAACAUCUGGAUCAUCAAGCCCGCAGCCAAGUCCCGCGGCCGAGACAUAGUGUGCAUGAACCGAGUGGAAGACAUCUUGCAGCUGGUGACCGCAGACCACCCGUCCGCCAAGGACAACAAGUGGGUGGUGCAGAAGUACAUCGAGACGCCGUUGCUCAUCUACGACACCAAGUUUGACAUCAGGCAGUGGUUCCUGGUCACCGACUGGAACCCCCUGACCAUCUGGUUCUACAAGGAAAGCUACCUGCGGUUUUCAACACAGCGCUUCUCCCUGGACAACCUGGACAGCGCCAUCCACCUGUGCAACAACUCCAUCCAGAAGCACCUGAAGAACGACGAGGGACGCAGCCCCCUGCUGCCCUACCACAACAUGUGGACCAGCACCAGGUUCCGGGAGUACCUGCAGAAGAGGGGCCGCGGGGCCGUGUGGGCCAGCGUCAUCUACCCGGCCAUGAAGCGGGCCGUCGCCAACACCAUGAGGGGGGUGCAGGACCACGUGGAGCCACGCAAGAACAGCUUCGAGCUGUACGGGGCCGACUUCAUCCUGGGCCGCGACUUCCAGCCCUGGCUGAUCGAGAUCAACUCCAGCCCCAGCAUGCACGCGUCCACGCCCGUCACGGCACAGCUGUGCGCCCAGGUGCAGGAGGACACCAUCAAGGUGGUGGUGGGUCGCAAGGUUGACCGCAACUGCGACGUGGGCAACUUUGAGUUGCUGUGGAGACAGGGCUUCGCCUGCAAGAACCGAGUGAACCGGAAUAUUCUUAGCAGCUUCUGCCGGCAGUCCCCUUCGUCCAUGUCCAGGUCCAUCCUGGAGGCCCUGACGCUCUCCACUGCCAUGAGGUGUGCCCCCCACGACGGUUGCUCCCUGCUCCUGCGUGUGCAGGCCUCCCUCACGCUGCACGAGAGCCUGCGGGGCCUGGAGGCCUGCUCCAUGAGCCUCGACACCCAGGAGACCCAGUGUCAGAGCGUGCGGGUCUCAAGGGCCUCCCGCCGACUUCAUGUGGGGCAGCAGCUCCAGGUGCACUUUGAAUGCUUCGAAGUAAGCGUGGCCCAGAGCCUCUACGUCACCCUGAGGACAGUGCCCCACUUCUGUGGGGUCCGGCUGGACCAACAAUACCAUGUGGAAGACUGCAGAGACCAAGACGUGGGGAGGAACCUGCCCUUCUGCUUUGCCGGGAAGUUCUCGUACUGGGUAGACCGCGGCCGCAAGGUCAUUCUGGUACAGGUGCCCGAGGCUCCCGCGGACUCCGACUACUACGUGCGGCUCUGCCUCAAGUGGUUCACCUGUGAGGACGUGGGUGCCCCAGUGCGGGUGAGCCCGGCCUCGGACACCGCCUCCGGGCCCAGACCGAGUUCCGCCCCACACCCGAGCCCGGGCUCCACCCGCCCCGGGGCCGCGCCCCCACAAGCCCCAGGCCCCACCCACCCCGGGCCGUCACGCCCCGCCCCGUCCCAGCCCAGGCCACGCCCACCCACUGGGCCCCCAGCCCCUGAGCCCUCCACUCCGCUGCAGGUGGCGGUGAACAGGGUCUCCCGCGCCGUCUCUCUGCCCUACAGCCAAGAGCUGCCGUGCCUGUGCCUUGAGGGCUGGUCUGCGACCCCUGACGCAGUGCGGAUGCAGGCCUGUCCCUUCGAAAAUGACACAGAGGCACUGUGGGACGCCAUCCGCUACCACCCCGGAAGCCAGGCACUGAGCUGGGAGCCCGCCUGCCCCGUGAGCGGCCACGUGAGCCUGUGCUGGCGCCCGGAGCCAGGGGCCCUCUGCCACGAGCUGGAGCACUCCGGCCGGUCGGCACAGGGCAGGGUGCAGUACCCGCUGGUGGACACACAGCCCCAGCUCUGCCUGAAGUUCUCCACCAGCCGGGGCUUCUGGGUGAGGUGCCCUUUCGAACGACUAGGCUUCCCAGCCUGGAAGAUGACUGUCCAGCCAGCCGCGUCUCAGGGCCACCUCCGGGUCACCUUCUUCUCGCCCAGUGCUGCCAGCUUCAAGGUGCACCUGUGUCACCAAAAGAAGAUAUGGCCCCCUGCCUGCCACCCAGCGAUCCAGGCCACGCCUCUCCCUCCAGCCUCAGGUGGCUUCAUGGCUGACUCCGCGGUUGCCUUCGUGGACAUCCCCAGGGACGAGGCUUGUGUCCCCAGCACCUGCAUCCAGGGCUGGAGGACCGAUGUGCACUUCUCCACCCCCCAGCAGCUGUGUGAUCUUCAAUGCACCCCCAGAGGAGCUUUUCAGUCGAGUCUGGGCCCCCGUUCCUCAGCCAAGAUCCCCUCCAGCAGAUCACAGGCCAAAGGGGCGACGGUCACCCCUGAGGGCCCGUAUCUGGGGCGGGGCUCCACCGCCUGCCAGCCAGGUGACCUGGGAGCUGACCCCAGCCACUGCCAGAACCUCCAUGCCACACCGGCUGCCACCCAGGGGACAGCGGACUGAGGCCAGGAGCCUCACGGAGCACAAGCAGGUGCCCUGGCUGAAUGCUGGGGUGCAGAGGGCUCACAUCUGGGGCUCCGAGCCUCUCGCAGCAAAAGCCAGGCCUCAGAACUUAGAAGUGGCUCGCCUGCACACGGG